ACCGCGAGUCGGUACGUCUCACGCGUUACAAAGUGCUGUUCCCGUAUAUCGUGACCUUCUUGGAAUACAUUCAGUGUUAAAAAAAAGUUUAAAAUAUCCUUGGCUUAUCUACAUUUUGCACGAUAUGGAUGGACAAUGAGUAAUGCAUGAAGGAAUAGAAUCGACAAAAAUGCGGAACAACCAGAAUGAUAUGUCACAGUACGUAGCCAACGCUGCUUCACUGCUCUAUUAGAAGACUGAGAUGCGGCGACAGGCUCGGAAAUCAGUCAGCGGCGCGCUUAUAGUGCGAUCCGCCUCUGCCUUGCAAGUUUGGCUGUGGUUGCUGCUGUUUGUUUUUCAAAAUGAGUUCCGGAUAUCCUGGUCCAUUAAACCUGGUUAUUUGGACUACGACAACCUUCCCGAGACGAACUUCACGUGUACGGGCAAGGUGAUUGGAGGGUAUUACGCGGAUUUGGAGACGUCCUGCCAAAUGUUCCACGUGUGCACCAUCGGCCAAAAUAACGAACCUAUGGAUAUCAAGUUCCUCUGUCUCAACGGCACUGUCUUUGAUCAAGAGACAAGAGUAUGCGAGAGAGUCGACGAAGUAGAUUGUACAAAGUCUGAAAAAUUUUACAGUUUAAACUUAGAAUUAUAUGGUAGUACCGUACCUCCUAUUGUACCACCUGAGCCAGAAGAACCUCAAGCGCCAAACACUGAGCAGGCGCAGAAAACUAAUAACUCAAAUACACACGUACUCACGGAUUACGUUAACGAAAAUCCUACAACACCAACCAAAACGCAAAAUCAACAAUCAGAUACAAUUGAUUCAACAGAAGAUCCUGUUCAAGAUUACAAAAAGGAGGAACCGAAAACUACAAGUAAUCAACAUUUAUUACCUUCAAAUAAUGAAGAGGAAUUAAAUGAAGAAUAUGAAGAAGAAGACGCAGAAGCAAUUGAUAAUGAGAACACUGGAUUUGACGAAGAUUAUUCGCAACCAUUCACGACUACAACGAUCCAAGUUAUAACGUCUACGACCACAACAACGAAGAAACCCACAACAAGUAGUACAACGAUAAAUCCGCCUAGCAGCAAUUCGCCCUACUUACCUCCUUUGAUUACGACACCCUCACCUUUGCCGCCAUCCUUCGCACCAUCAAUUUCGCCAUCGUCAACUAUAGACCCAUCACUGUUGUCACCGCAAGAAUUUAUUUAUCGUCAUCGCGGUCCCGGUUCGGAAGCUAUUUCUUUUCAAAGACAGAGUUUUCGACCAGCCGACGGUGUUUAUAUAACACAUGCUCCUCCUCAGCAAUUCGAUCACUUUCAAUAUGAAUCUUCAAGGACAGCUCCGAGGCCUGUUGUUUCACACCCUGCUCCAUUUCAAAGGCCCAGUCCAUCACCAUUCAGAGCAACUACGAUUGAUCCAAGCGAUCAAAUUUUGCGACCAGUUGCAAACUCACAGUCCUCUGAAAGACACGAGACAACAAUAAAACAUCGACCUCAGAACUAUCCAGCACACCUUCCAGCACAACCUCCUCUUCCAUUCAAUCCCUUCUACUAUGAUAGAAAACGAAGUGACGAUAUUCUUUCAGACGACAAGUCUUCUCUUUCGGCUAGGUCUGUUGCACCUCCUACAGAAACAGAGAGACCUCCAAUAAAGCUGAAAAGUCCACCUCGAGUGAUCGUUACGGCGAGUGCGUCUGUAAGUGAUAGCAAUGGAAAGAGAUUAAAUUAUACAGUAGGUAAUGUAGUGAGUGCUGUGAAGCCAAUUGUGCCAAUAAACUAUGAUGAUUAUAAGGAAUCGGACCUUAUAUUUGAUCCUUUCUUUCUCGAUGUGCCAAAACUUCACCCAAGACGGAAGACUAGGUCUAGUAACUCUAGAAAAAUUAUAUCGGUUCCUGCUCUAACGGCUAAGCCACUUAGUUUUAAGUCAGAAAAGAUGGUAACUACACUCCCUCCACAAACGUCACAAGCGACUACUGCAAAAGCUUCGUCGUUCACACAAAGUCCAACAACAGUCGGUUGGAAUCCCCAUGACUACGUAGACGAUAACUACGAGCCUCAUUCUUACAACAUGCAACCGGUACCGCCGCUUGCAGUUUUGUUAAGUCAUGAUGGCAUGCAAUCAAGAAAACCUGACAAGCCUGUGAAAAAUGUUAAUAGCGAAAAGGAGUUGAAAUCAAGUCAUAUAAUAAAGCAGUUGAAAUCGACAUCGUUAGAAGCGCAGAAAAUAUCUAGUCAAAAUGUGGGCACCGAGGCUGCAGUUCCGGUCACCUCACCGAGCCCAAACGGAGCUCCCACCUGCGUCCCUUCGCACUCCACUGACUGUCGAACUCGUGCCUGAUAAAUAAUUAGCUCACUUAACUUAUAGCAAAUAGUUGCGUAUUUAAAUAGGUAGAAAAUUUUUAUAAUUUCAAUUAUUGUAAUUAUUUUGUAAUGGUGACAUUGUUGUCCAACUCUUUAUAUUUAAUGACUCCGAAUUGAAUAUUUUAUAAUAAAAUCGACAUAAAUGUGGUUUCUAAUCAAAAACAUGAUAUUUUUGUAAUAAAGUUUAAAGAUAUAAUAUAAAUAAACUUAGACCUAGUUUCUUCUACUCGUGUGAUUUGUAUAAAAGUGUAAUUUUACUGUUUUUAAU